GUACCGAUGCAGCAGGUGCUCCUUUGAUGGAGUGGAUGUCAGGUGUAGUCGCAGACGACGCGAUCUGGAGCGGCAGAUAACACACAAACACACACACACACCGUUACAAACAGCAUUCUCAAAAGCGCGUUAGAGAGAUCGAACGAAGGUGCGAGAGAGCGAGAAAGAAAGAGACACAGUCCGGGUAGAGGUGGCAGGUUAGAGCGGGAGCACUCAAAUUUGGAUGCGAUAACAGAGGCGUCCACUAUUACUCUGUGUUAGAGAAGCGGUCAGGCAAAAGCGCUCAUGCGUUAACAGAGCACCAGUUAGUAAGCGUUCGAUUCGCCACCAGGUUGCAGGUUUGAAGGGUUUUUCCCGCUAGGUAGUAGAGAAUCCGGAGUCCGAUGCGACCAUAUCAGAGUGCACUAGUGACGACGACGACGACGGGACGGCAGGUGCGUGCGGUGGUCCGCGGGUGAUAAGGGCAAGGUGAAAGACAUUAAAAAGGUGUUAACGGUCGCGGUCGCUCUAAAGUGUACAGGCUGUGUGUGUGUGUUUGUGUAUGUGUGUUUGUAGCGCACGCGUAACUAGUGAGAGUGAUCGGUCCGAGAGUGGGGAGGAGAAGGAAAAAGCAGGAAGAAGAGGGGGAAUACGAUCCGAAACCAGACCGGAAAGGAAGAGAAAGAGUGCCACCAUCACAGGUGUUAAUACAAAGCGUCAACAAAACAGUUUGCUACGCAGCAACCAGAACGUAGACCACGAGACAACGGCACAACGCAAGGCCGCACAGCAUCUGCACAGGAGCCAGACAGCGCGUACAGUACCAACCCGAAAACAACCACCACCACCACCAUCAUGGACAUUGUUGCAGCAACAACCGAGCGGCUGGUCGAAACGCUCGCGAACGGGACGCUCUCGCUAACCCCCCGGCAAGAUGGCGAAGAGCAUGCCGAUCACGAUGACGACUCACCAACGAUCGCCAAAGUCACCUCCAUGGUGGUGCUGUUCAGCGUCAGCAUGGUGUGCGGACUCGUACCCUUCAAGCUGGUGCGCUGGUUUAACCUCAACCCGGCCACCCCGUCCGGAGGCACACACCUCUUCCUGAUCCGGCUGCUGCUCUCCUUCGGCGGUGGUGCCCUCCUAAGUACCACCUUUCUGCAUCUACUGCCCGAGAUCAAUCACUCGAUCGAAGCGCUCGUUGAGACGGGCGCCCUACCCGCCCCGGACGAACUGCCCUUCCCGCUGGGUGAGUUUCUCCUUACGAGCGGCUUCUUCAUGAUCUACCUCACGGAGGAGCUGGUCCACUGGUGGAUGCAUCGCCGCUCGGCCAAUGCCCGGCGGAUCGCACGGUCCGAAAAGACAGCGCCCGGUGGCAGCAGUACAAUGGUACCGAUCGAUGGUGGCGCAUCGAAGCACGACCACGCGCACGGACAUUCGCAUCUUCCGAUCGGGAACGUAACCGCCGUCUACCCCGUGACGGAUGUGGAUGGGACGCAGGUCGUACCGAGUGUGGUACCGGUGCCGCCAGCUCCAAGCGCUAACGGUCCCCUGCGUGGCCUGCUAAUCGUACUUGCCCUCUCCAUUCACGAGCUGUUCGAAGGGCUCGCGGUAGGUCUGGAACGGUCACCAUCCGCCGUAUGGUUGCUGUUCGGUGCAGUCGCCUCGCACAAGUUUGUGAUUGCGUUCUGCGUCGCGUUUGAGCUGCUGGUGGCGGCCGUCCGUUUCCGCAUUGCCGUACUGUACAUCUUCGUCUACUCGGUGGUUAGUCCGGUCGGUAUCGGCAUCGGCAUUGCGCUCAGCUCGGUCAGCUCCGACACGAACCAGACGAUCGAGGUGGUGUCGGUGGUGCUGCAGGGUCUAGCCAGCGGGACGCUCAUCUAUGUGAUCUUUUUCGAAAUUCUCGCGAAAGAUGCGGGCCACAGCCACGGUGGAGGUGGAGGAGGAGCAGGAGGAGAAGCGAACGAUGAGCACAAGCACGGUGCCGAUGACCAUCAGCAUUCGGUGUCGCCCACGAACGGGCUGUGGCAGUUCCUGGCCGUGCUGGCCGGGUUCGGGCUGCUGCUUGGCAUCAAGGCCGCAACCGGACACAGCCACGAUCACGGACAUAGCCACGGUGGAGGGACCGAACCGGACCAUGACCACGAUCACUGAAUAGAGCCUGCGGAGAAAAAAAGGAGAAGAGAACAAACCACCUAACCCAGCCGGCGAACAAACGAUGUUGUGAUUGUCUCAAUUAUGAUUACCAUUAUGAUUUUACGACGACCAGGACGAGCGGUGUCAAGGAGGGGCGAGAUACAUCGAUAGUAUUCGUAUUAUAUGUAAUACAUUUUAUACAUGUUUUAUGUUUGUUUGCAAGAGGAUGCAUAGCCCCCAAUCACAAAACCCUAUGCAAAUUCGAUGCCUGGUAAUUCGAGUAAUGUCAUAAACAAAACAAUGUGAUACAUUUAAUUAGACACGAAAAUAAACACCUUAAACGACUGUA